CACCACUGUAAGCCCUCUCCUUCCUUUCUCUAUAGAUUGUUCUUUUGCUGAAGCCUCUAAAUGUUGGAAGCAGCUUCAUCUCCAAGCCUCUAUCUUCGCGUAGCUCCGAUUACACGUUGCUUAUUUACUUGAUUGGUUUUGAUGCUUUGAACUGUUAAAUUCAAUCGUUAAGUGAGGAAUAUUUUGGUUAAAAUGGAGUUAAUGGCGCCUAUGAAUCAAACCCGUGAUGGGUUUUUCUCCUUUCAUUGCAUUCAUAGUAAUUCUAGAAAUCACAGUUUUGGGGUUAGUAGCGGUAUCAGUUCUGCGAAUUUUUUUGUUGCCCGCAAAGCUAGAUUGUCAGUGGUUUCUGUUGGUGGUGGAGGGAAAGGGAAACAAAGGCGAAAAAAGGUGUUUGCUCUCUCGAGGAUUGAAACUAUAAGGAGUAAUGGUAGUAGGCUUUCUAGGGUGGAGAAAGGGUCAUAUGAUAGGCAGGGUGAAAAUGAGGUGAUUAUGUCUAAUAAUUUUGAGAGUAAUAAUAACCUUAGGAGGCUGGUGAGCAAUGGGAAAUGGGAGGAAGGGUUUAGGCAUCUCGAGACUAUGGUUUACCAUGGUGAAAUCCCGGAUAUUAAUGUGUGCACGAGUUUGAUUCGGGGGUUUUGCAGAAAUGGGAAGACUAAGAGGGCUACGAGGAUAAUGGAGAUCCUCGAGGAGUCGGGGGCUGGUCCUGAUGUUAUAACCUACAAUAUCUUGAUCGAUGGGUAUUGUAAGUCGGGUGAGAUUGGUAAUGCAUUGAAAGUGUUGGACCGAAUGAGUGUUUCUCCUGAUGUUGUUACGUAUAAUACUAUUCUAAGAACUUUGUGUGAGAGUGGGAAAAUGAAGCAGGCGAUGGAGAUUCUUGAUUUGCAGUUGAAAAGGGAGUGUUAUCCUGAUGUCUUUACUUAUACGAUUUUGAUUGAAGCUAUGUGCAAGGAAAGCGGUGUAGAGCAGGCAAUGAAGCUGCUGGAUGAAAUGAAUAGUAAAGGAUGUAAGCCCGAUGUUGUAACUUAUAAUGUCCUAAUUGACGGGAUUUGCAAGCAGGGAAGGUUGGAUGAAGCGAUCGAGUUCAUGAACAAUUUGCCUUUAAAUGGUUGCCAACCUAAUGUGAUUACGUACAACAUUAUCUUGCGUAGCAUGUGUAGUGCUGACAGGUGGAAGGAUGCCGAGAAGCUGUUUGGUGAAAUGACUAGAAAAGGUUUUUCUCCCAGCAUUGUUACCUUUAAUAUACUUAUCAAUUUCUUUUGUAGAAAGGGGCAUUUGGGUCGGGCGAUUGAUUUGUUGGAGAAAAUGCCAAAGCAUGGUUGUACUCCUAACGCCCUGAGUUACAACCCAUUAGUUCAUGCUUUCUGCAAGGAGAAAAAGAUGGACCGGGCAAUUGAAUAUCUAGAAGUCAUGGUUUCCCGGGGUUGUUAUCCUAAUAUUGUGACCUAUAAUUCAUUGCUCUCGGGUCUGUGCAAAGACGGGAAGGUUGAUUUUGCAGUCGAGAUCUUUAACCAGCUUAGUACAAAAGGCUGUUCUCCCGUGCUUAUCACUUACAACGUAGUGAUAGAUGGGCUAUCGAAAGUGAGGAAAACAGAACGGGCCAUAGAGCUUUUGGAUGAGAUGAAGAGAAAGGGUCUCCAGCCCGAUUCAUUUACUUACUCUUCACUUGUUUCAGGUCUUUGUAGGGAAGGAAAGGUCGAUGAAGCCAUUAAGUUGUUUUGUGACUUGGAAACAUUGGGCAUCAGGCCCGAUGCAAUCACCUACAAUACUAUAAUGUUGGGACUUUGCAAAGCUCGCCAAACAGACCGAGCAAUCGACUUUUUGGUUGAUAUGGUGUCAAAGGGAUGUAAACCAAAUGAAUAUACAUUCACUAUUCUCAUUGAAGGCUUAGCCCAUGAAGGGUUUGCAAAGGAGGCUUUGGAAUUAUUGAGUGAGUUAUGUUCAAUAGGAGCUGUGGGAAAGAGUUAUCCUGAACAGAUUUUCAUGAAAGAUGUAGCUCAAAAGCGACUUGUCACUAAAGUGUGAUUCACCCUUUGUUGUGCAUUUGGUAGUAUACACUCCAUAUGUUUAUAAAGUCAUUUGCUUUCAA